ACCCCACCCCCAUUUCAUUUUCAUUUUCAACUCCCCCUUUUUUUCCUUCCCUUUGAUCACCAUCAUCACCUGCUGCAGCUAUUUAUUUUCUCAAUAUUUUCAAGAUUUUUGUAUAUGCAGCUUUUUUAAGCAAUACCCAGUUGAAUUCUGGACAGUAAGUUAUUCGACGCAAAGAUGGAAGAAUUUUGAGAGGGAUGUAGGAAAAUGGCAACUGAAAGCCCGAUCAGAAUCAUGGAAGCAAAUGAAAAAUGGGCCUCACAAGCAACGUUUGAGGAACUGGGAUUAGUGUUAAAGGGCCAAAACUUUCAAGAAAAACAGAGAAAUUCGGGUCCUAAUAGAAGCGGAAGUGCACCUCCUAGCAUGGAAGGUUCAUUUGCAGCUAUUGAAAACCUCAUGUCUAGACAUAAAAUUGCUGCAAAUGCAAGUCCAAACCAUGCUGCUGAGUCUGAAGAACAACUUCGGUCCGAUCCUUCUUAUAUUGCAUAUUACUCUACCCAUGUCAAUUUGAACCCCAGACUUCCUCCGCCUAUCAUUUCAGAUGAAAAUCGACAUCUAUUUCGUAAUGUAGCAACUAUGGGAAACAAUCCAAUAUUUACAUCUUUUGAAGAGUCUGCUGGUUUGACUCAAAGUAACCUUUCAACUCACGAGGAAGAAACAGAUGAUGAUCAAUCAACGAAACAGGAAAAUUUUACUCAAGAUAAUCAGGAAGGUGAUGAUAUGGGGCAAAAUUUGUAUACUAAUCCAGACAGAAGUCCAAUUGGUAAUUCAGAAAACGAUGUAUCGACUAGUGCUAUUACUGAUGUAGAUAUUACAAGCAUAGCAAACGGAAUGGCUGCUAUUAAUAUGUCUAGCAUCCCGAAUACAGAAAGUCAAGGUCAAACAUACCGACAACAAAGAAGUAUGCUUCAAAUUAAUAUUCCACCCCCUCAGUUAGUUUCCCAAGGUCAAACAUUUAUUGGCAUGAAUCAGUUUCAUCAAAGUCCCUCAAAUUUUGAGGUACAACGGGUACUACAAUCGUCACCAUAUGCAUCCAGUUCAGCCUAUAUGAUGCCAGGAAAUCAUGUUUACCAAAAUAUGUACUUUCCUCAACAGUAUGCAGUAGGUGGAUAUCCAUUUAAUCCUCCAUAUGUAUCUGGAUAUCUCCCUACUCCCCCGGUUCAUAUGCCUUUUGAUAUUAAUGCUUCUCCUACCUAUGUUGGUCAAGGUCAAAGUCAAACUUCUAUGCAAAAUCUGAACAAGUUUUAUACGCAUCCUGGGUUACCAUUUCAACCUCCAUUUGCUGAAAGUUUGCAGCUUCCUACUCAUGGAGAUGACCAUAUACAAAAACAGCAAACCUUUGGAGUCAUGGGUCAUAGUAACUUGCAUCCAAGAAGAAUAGAUUCUACAAAUCCUUACUACUAUGGAAGCCCAACUCAUACGGGUAUUCUACAGUUUCCAACCACAGCCUAUGCUAGUCCACCUGUGCCAAGAUCGCCAAUUGGUGGGGUCAGUCUUCACAGAAACGGAAUGAGGCCAUAUGGUGGAAAUCAAGUUUUCAAAGAUCCAAAAGCAUAUUCUUUUCUCGAAGAACUGAAAUCCGGCAAAGGUCGUAGGCUUGAGCUUUCUGAUAUUUUAGGCAACAUUGUUGAAUUCUGUGGUGAUCAGCAUGGAAGUCGAUUCAUUCAGCAGAAAUUGGAAAUAUGUAGCAAUGAGGAGAAGGAAUGCGUAUUUAAGGAAGUUCUCCCUAAUGCCUCUAGUUUAAUCAUCGAUGUUUUUGGUAACUAUGUGAUUCAAAAGUUUUUUGAGUAUGGUAGUGGUGAGCAAAGGAGGGAGCUUGCAAACCAGCUUGAAGGUCAGAUAUUGCCUUUAAGUCUACAGAUGUAUGGUUGCCGAGUCAUCCAAAAGGCCCUUGAUGUUAUAGAGCUAGAACAGAAAAUUAAGCUUGUUCGUGAGCUUGAUGGACAUGUUUUGAGAUGUGUUCGUGAUCAGAACGGAAAUCAUGUGAUACAAAAGUGUAUAGAGAGUAUUCCAAUGGAGAAAAUUAAAUUUGUAAUUUCAUCCUUCCGUGGUCAAGUUGCAUCCCUUUCAACACAUCCAUAUGGGUGUCGUGUGAUACAGAGGGUACUAGAACACUCCCCAGAUGAAUUACAAAGCCAAUUUAUAGUCGAUGAGAUAUUGGAAUCCGUUUAUACUCUCGCACAGGAUCAGUAUGGCAAUUAUGUAACUCAGCAUGUUUUGAAGAGGGGAAGGCCCGAGGAAAGAAGCCAAAUUGUACAAAAGUUGGCGCCGCAUGUUGUACAACUAAGCCAACAUAAAUUUGCGUCUAAUGUAAUUGAAAAGUGUUUGGAAUAUGGUGAUUCUAAUGCUAGAGGAGUCUUGAUUGAAGAGAUCGUUGGUCUUGGCGACAAUAGUGAUAACUUAUUGGCAAUGGUGAAAGACCAAUUUGCAAAUUAUGUUAUCCAGAAGAUUCUUCAAACAUGCACAGCGGAUCAGCGUGAACUGUUGCUUGGUCGUAUAAAAGUCCAUCUCAAUUCAUUGAAGAAAUAUACUUACGGAAAACAUAUCGUUACUCGUUUUGAACAAUUAUAUGGGGAAGAAGUUCAGACGUCUGGUUCAUAACCCAACUAUCGGCUGAACACAUUUCAGUUGAAGUGUAUCGUCCCUGCAUGCUUUGCUGAAAUGGAAAAACGAGAAAAAGAUAUAGUGAAACACAGGUUUCUUAGAAUCCCAAAAUUCUCAACUACCAGUCCACAUGUAUAGAUCACAUUUGAACAAUUGUGAUGCAGAAUAGCAAUCAUCCUUGCAGCUGUUGUACAUUCUUGAACCAUUUGUCUAAGCGUGUGUUGUCAAACAUCUGUUUUAGUUAGGAAGGGCUCUUGUACCUUCUUUCACGUUUAAUUCAUUAGAAUAAAGAUUUGAUAUGGUUUUUAGCUAUCA